UGUGCAUUGAACAUAUCCCCAAUAUUGGCUAUUGGACACUCCCGAAUGUCCACAACUGCAUCGCUCCACAAUCCACUCACAUUAUGAGUAUUCUGCCACAGUAAAAGAUGGCUAUAUAAUCCUUGUACGCGGAGACGGUCGUAAUUCACUGAUCAUUUAGAAUGAACCCCCUCAUCUUCACCAACGCUUUUGCAUCCGUUCACAUCGGCGUCAAAGAAUGUUUUUGCGGCAAACCGACUAUUGAAGAUCACGAUUUCUACUUCUGUUCUCCUGGAUGUGCUCGCGCGGAUUCCUUGCGCGCUCUAGGCGGUCAAGGUCACUGCCAUUAUCGCAACGUCAUGCAGAGAGCACAUGUCAACUCGGCUGCUCCAGAGCGUGGGCUAUCAAGGCACAAAUCCGCGCACCAGCUUCGCAGUCCUUCGACCUCGAGGCAUGUCUCCGUGUCACAGCAUCCUCUGCAUUAUCCCAAGGCAACGAAGGCCUUGCCCACAAUUGAAGAAGUCACGAGUACUCUUCUCGAUCGACAAGGAAGACAUGAAGGUGGAGACACUUCUGCUCACGGUCCUCGGCGGCCCUUCGAGUCACGGAACGAAUCAGUUGAUGGACAACGAUCCCCUCUUCCUCAGCGGACCCUCAAGCGCUCGUUACCGUCCGAAGCAGGGCUUAACAAGAAUAUUCGUAAUUCGAUCGUUGCUCUUUUCCACGACAAACAGACUUCCCAGCUUGAUGCGAGGAUUCGAAAAGAGUCGUCGAUAACGGGAGCGAUCUUACAAGAAAUGGAAGAGGAGGACGAGGAAGAGGCUGCUUGGCAGAAACUUCUGAACCGCACGGAGGACAGGUCAAGGCCCCCUACCUUGGUUCACCAUCAAGUCAGACAGACCGCUGCUGCCCAGCAAUCACGUCUCAUUCGUCGCUCGGCUUCGUUCGCGGGCUCGAGCAGCCAAAUUGACGACAAGAGAGGAACUGUAAUGGAGGUAGUGUUCCAACUUCGUCAAGCGUGGAACGAAGCUGGAGACGUUAUGCCGGACUUUGAUGAGAGGUCAGACGAUGAGGAUUGUUGAAACCACAUUUUGGAGUGCUCUAGCCAGGUCCAGAUCUGCGUUUGAUUGAAAUCUUGCAAGAGAUAGACUGCUGAACCCUCCGAUGUAUGAUAUGAAUAUACAACAUUAUGUACUGUGCUGCGAUCACUUAUUGACUACUUAUUACACACCUACUACCUAUGCCACGACUCGAAGAACGAUUUCUCUUCCUACUCAUUGCACAACUACUUAUGCCACGACCCAAACAACGAUUUCUGUAUUUUUGGCUUCUCAACAUUAUGUACUUAUGAGGACUCGAAAGCAACCCAUUUUCUCUCUUAUCUCUGAGAGAUUUAUGGGAGAAGGUAAAAAUGACGGAGACUCAAAAGUGUCGGAGCCUCAUUGGUGGUGAAUU